AUGGAGAAAGAAGAAGAUGGAGAAGCUGCUGCUUUUAUAUGGGAUUGUGGGAGUCCUUUGUAUGAUUCUUACGAGUUAGUUUCAUUUACUUACUUUAUCGAGAGACACAUGAUGGUAUUGCCGAGUCAGUUUGAAUCGAGUACAUCAAAGAGGCAUGUGAUGGUGUUGCCUUCGUCUGCUUUGUCUGAAUCGAGCGCAUCAAGAUCAUCAGAGAAGGAAACAACUGGCAUGAAGAUGAAGAAGUUUUUCGAUACCAAAGAUAAGGUAAAAAGGGCAAAGAGUAGAUUUUAUAGUUUUUUUUGCUCGUAUAGGUUUAUGAAGAAUUAA